UGGGUUUCCAGCAUCAUUCCUCCAGUCUUCAAUGUCACAUGAUCCUUCAGAAAUCAUUCUAAAAUGCGGCUUUGCUGCUGAAGAAUCAUUAUUAUCAACGUUAAAAACAAAUGUAAAUGCAAAUCAUUAUUUUGUAUCAAUUAAAUGCAUAUAAAUAUAAAAUUAUUUUCAAAACUUUCUUUAACAUUUUUUAACACUAUAAUGAAUUUAAAAAAAGACUAGAAUUAAUUUUGUAAAUUUGAGGUGGGGCUAUUCAACAACUGCAGAUGAGAUAUUUUUUUAAAACACCAAACAGUGAAGCGAGUGGAACAAACACUUCUUGAACACCAGACAAUUACUGCAAAAACUACUGUAUGAGUAUAUAUAAAAAUCAAUUCACCAGGAAACUCAAUAGCUUGUAAUAUUUUUGAUGACUAUUUUACUUUGAUUUGAGCUGAAGUAGCGCUCACAGACAUACCAAAAGUCAUGAAAUGACCCUCUCGCUUCAGUAAUUCCUGAUAACCCAUCCUUUCCACCCACCGAUUUGCUCACAGCCACGCUAUCUGUGUCAAAUGAGAGUAAUUAAUGCCUCCAUUAUGUUUCAGUGAGCAUCAUACCACCCCUUCACACACCCCCACUGUCUACAGUACGAGCAUGAACGGUCUAACCUUCAUCCCCUCAUUUCUGCUUCAGUUCAGCCCCACUCCUCUUCCUCCUCCCAUUCUCAGCGUCUGCCUGUUGUUCACUGCCCCAAAUCAUGACGAUCAUCUCAGCCCAGUGGGAAUGACCUCCUCCGAGCCAUUCACAUCUGUGUCUUUCAGUGCAUCCACAGGAGCAGCACAUAUUCAUCCAGAGAAACAGCGGCAGCAGCAUUUCCCCAUCACCGUCCACCACCGAGAGAAAAAGAGAUGCUUAACACUCAAUUUGAUGGACUUUGGUGUGGUUGUCACAACUUGAGACGGAGCUUUUUACUUUGAUUCUUCCAUGAGAAAAGCCUUCCAAAAACAAAGGAGAACAUGUUCCUACCACUUUGAGGAUUAUAGAAUUUACUGGAUGAAGAGAGUGAUGGAUGACAGUCUGACCAAGCCAGAUCUGUAGACGGAAUUCAAGGCUGAAUGAUGAAAAGAACUAUCCAUUGCCAAGUGAACAUGAAGAAUACAGUGAAAAUUUCAUCAAGAGUUUUCUAACCGAUCAGCGGUAACAGGAUGAACAUGGAUAUUCAAAAUUUAACUGCAAGUGGAAAUGUCUCCACUAUCUUGCCUUCCCCAUACAGUCUGUUGGAAGUUAUAACCAUUGCAACAGUAUCAGCUGUCGUGAGUCUCAUCACAGUAGUAGGUAAUGUGCUGGUGAUUCUUUCUUUCAAGGUCAACAGCCAACUUAAGACUGUUAACAACUACUACUUACUCAGUUUAGCUUUUGCAGACCUCAUUAUCGGCGUGUUCUCAAUGAACCUGUACACGUCAUACAUUCUUAUGGGAUACUGGUCUUUAGGGAAUAUAGCUUGUGAUCUGUGGUUGGCGCUUGACUAUGUUGCAAGUAAUGCAUCGGUAAUGAACUUGCUGGUCAUCAGCUUUGACAGAUAUUUUUCAAUUACAAGACCACUUACCUACAGGGCUAAACGGACCCCGAAACGUGCAGGCAUCAUGAUUGGCUUGGCAUGGUUGGUAUCGUUUAUAUUGUGGGCUCCACCCAUUCUGUGCUGGCAGUACUUUGUUGGAGAGAGGACAGUUCCUCCUGACCAAUGCCAGAUUCAGUUUUUCUCAGAACCCAUAAUUACUUUUGGGACAGCCAUAGCAGCCUUUUAUGUCCCGGUAUCCAUCAUGAUAAUCUUAUAUUCCAAAAUCUACAAAGAAACAGAAAAACGCACUAAGAACUUAGCAGAGCUCCAAGGAUACCCAUCGCUGGACAGUCAUGAAGAGCCUAAAGUACGAAAGCCAAUACUACGAUGCUUUAGCUUUAAAAACAAGAGGGACAGGACUCAAGCAUCAUGGUCUUCAUCCAACCAGAGUUAUGUAACUAGGACAACAUUGCAGUCUGAGGACUUGUGGACAAAAUCAGACCAGGUCAGCACCCUGAACAGUUACACAUCAUCAGAGGAUGACGAGCGGUCCAUCUCUGAGACAACCCCGCGAGAAUCAUUCAAGAACCAAGAAUCAAAAGCCAAUAGAAAUGGACAGCUACUCUGUUAUGAAGACAGCAAGUAUCUAAGUGAUCUUGCAAAAUGCUCCCAGACAAACGAUAAAAAAUGUAUGUCAUACAAGUUCAAGCCGAUCCUUAGCGACAUCACCGCUUUGCAAGGUAGUCCCAAAGGAGAAAGAACAAACACAGAUCAUUGUCAGUCUUCAGAGCCACAGGCUCCUUCAUCCACAUCCACUUCUACUAAACCAGAAGAUCCAAACUUAAAGAUCCAGAUGACCAAGCGGAAAAGAAUGGUCCUCAUCAAGGAGAAAAAGGCUGCUCAGACUCUAAGCGCCAUUCUUCUGGCGUUCCUCCUCACCUGGACCCCAUACAAUAUCAUGGUGCUCAUCUCCACCUUCUGUUCUGAAUGCAUCCCAGUGUCCCUCUGGCAUUUGGGUUACUGGCUCUGCUAUGUCAACAGCACCAUCAACCCCAUGUGUUAUGCCCUAUGCAACAAGACCUUCCAGAAGACCUUUUGGAUGUUAGUCCUCUGCAAGUGGAAGAAGAACAGAGGAGAGGAGAAACUUUACUAGUGUGGUCAAAACCAUUAAAUUCUGAAGGAACACAACAGAAGUGUCUGAUUUCAGAGUAUUCUAAAUGAUCAAGAUCGCUAGGGCAUUAAAAUUUAAUUUCAGUUUAUGUUGUGCAUACAGUGCCAUAGACCAUAUUCCUAUAUAAUUCCUUAA